UAAAUACAAGCUCAGCUUUCCUCCUCAGUCUUCCUCAUUAUCUGAGCAGCUGGUUCACUUGGGUGUCAGCAUUAAGCAGAGCAAGGAAAUGGAGAAAGCAAUGGUUCUUCUGGGCAGCCUGGUGGCAUUAUGGUAUGUCUCAAUGACUGUUUCUGCCUUAGCACCUUCUGGAUGGACCCAAGGACAUGCCACUUUCUAUGGAGGUGGCGAUGCUUCAGGAACCAUGGGAGGAGCUUGUGGAUAUGGAAAUCUGUACGCAACAGGGUAUGGAACAAGAACUGCAGCUUUAAGCACAGCCUUGUUCAAUGAUGGAGCUUCUUGUGGGCAGUGCUUCAAAAUCAUAUGCGAUUAUAAGACAGACCCAAGAUGGUGUUUGAAAGGAAGAUCUGUAACUAUAACUGCCACUAACUUCUGCCCUCCCAAUUACGCUCUUCCAAGCAACAAUGGAGGUUGGUGCAACCCACCUCUGAAGCACUUCGACAUGGCUCAACCCGCUUGGGAAAAGAUCGGUAUUUACAGGGGAGGCAUCAUCCCUGUCUUGUUCCAAAGGGUUCCAUGUAAGAAGCACGGAGGUGUUAGGUUCACUGUGAAUGGAAGAGACUACUUUGAGUUGGUAAUGAUCAGUAAUGUGGCAGGGGCUGGAUCCAUAGCUUCUGUGUCCAUCAAAGGCUCAAAGACUGGGUGGAUGUCUAUGUCCAGAAACUGGGGAGCUAAUUGGCAAUCCAAUGCCUAUCUGAAUGGUCAAUCUUUGUCGUUCAAGGUCACAACCAGUGAUGGAGAAACCAUGUUCCCAAAUGUGGUUCCAUCUUCUUGGAGUUUUGGCCAGACAUUCUCCAGCCAUAUCCAGUUCUAAAGCUUACAGCUGUUAUAUAAAUAUUAUAUAAACUUCUUCUCUGGGUUCUGGGUUCUGGGUUCUGCAUUUUCAUGAACAGAACGGCAGAGGCGUGCUUAUAUAUUAUUGUAUCGGAGCAGCCCGCCACCCUCUCUUUGCUUUUUUUCUCUUUUUGGUGAUCUGGGUUGGUUGGUGGGAUCAAACCUGUCAACUCAUGAAGCUUCCGUAUAUGAUUUAUGGGUUAUGUGUAUUAAUAACAAGAAGGCAGCUUGCAGAAACAAGCUUCUUUCUGAAGUAUACCAUAUAUUGCUGUAAUAUGAAUACUCUUGUUAUAAGUUGAGAUUCUCUGGAUUGUUUUA